AUGCCUCGACGGCAGUCCCCCCGGGUACUACCUGCGGCGCGCGCGGCCGUCGCUGAGCCGCUUCUGGCACAUCCACCUGCCGGGCGGCGGGUGGUGCACCACCGAGGAGACGUGCGCGUGGCGCGCCGGGAGGAAGCUGGGGUCGUCGCACCUGUGGCCCCGGGCAAUGAUCACCUCUCAUCUAAAGGGCUCAUGGCAGCUCAGCAGGUGCUAAUAACGGGGGAGUCAGCCGGGGGGCAGGCAGUCGUCAACCUGUGUGACUAUAUCGCAGCCUACCUCUCCUUCGCCACGGUCAAAUGUCUCUCUGACGGGGGCUUUUUCAUUGACACGCCUGACAGGAAGGGGCGUUCCUUUUUCCGAGAGAUAGCAGAGAAUGCGACACAGCUACACCAGAUGUUCAACCCCAAAUGCAAUCAGA